CCGAUUAAUAGAGAUAAACGAUUUUUGGAUGGUCGAUUGAAUUUUUUUUCUUUUCUUCCUCUUCCUCUUCCUCUCUCUGUCUCUCUUUCGAACUCGCGAAUUGACAAUCGAAAAAGAAGAUGAAAUUGGAGGAGAUUGAAUCGGCGGAGGUGAUUGAAUUGAUCUCAGUCGGCAUUUAUUUUAUAUUUUGUUCUUUGAAAUCGAGAAUCUCCUUCAACAAAUUGGGUUCGCUAUUUUCUUGCAAUUCGAUUUCGCACUCUCAAAUUCAUAAUUUUGUUAGAAGUUUUGGAUUGAAACUUGUGUAAUCAUAGUUUUAUAGAUUCAUAGUUAUUGUGUGCGUCAUGCUCUAUUCUCCACAUUGUUGAUCAUGUUGAUUUGGAUGUAAGUGAAGUGACAACUCAAAUUGGAUUUAAAACAUAUCAGCUCUCUUUUAUGAUAUGUUCAUGACUUUGUUUUCUGGUUUUUGUAAGGCCCUUACAAAGAUGAAACCAAGGAUGUCCUUGUUCCUGCUGUCGUUUGUGUAAGCUUUGGUUUCAUUUUUUAUAUCAUGUCUCUGGUGUUUGAAAAUAUGCUCGACAUUGUGAUAUAUGAAAAAUAUGCUCGGCAAUGAAAAAUAUGAAAAUGGCUUGGGUUCCGUACAUCCCACUUGAAAAAAGGGAUAGACAAGUUGAUAGAGUUGAACUUUCAAGUUUACAUCUUGGGGUGUACUCAGAGAAGACUAUUUUCAUAUUCACAUUCAGCCACUUAGAGUGCUUAACUCGGUGUAUUCAGUCUAGCUUUGUAUAUAUCCUUUGCAGGUCUGCUCUCAAACAUUUGAAGGAUGAUCGUGUUAAAAAGUUCAACUAUUGCCUUCCUUGUGAGCUUAUAUUUUUUACAACUUCAAUGGAGAUGCCCUAAGGUUUACAACUUCCUCUGUAACAUAACAUCACAACAUAGUCUUGCAGGCUUGUAAUCGUAAACAAACCUAUAUUGAUGGUAAAGUUACAUGCACCGA